UCCGGUAGUUAUUCUUCUGGAAAUUUUGUAGUAUUGAAGUGUUUAGUUGAUUUUUAGUUAUAGAUCUACUGUAAUUAUUGAUCCAGAAUAAAGAUCUAGAAAGGUCUAGACUAUAUUUACUCUCAGAGAGAAUAGAUCUAGCUGAGUCAACUUGAUCAAUGAAAUUAUUGAUGCGCAUCACCAUCAUCUGUGUGUGUAGAUGACGUCAUCCCGCUGUAAAAGCGAAACGUUUUAAAGAUCGUUUGAGCUGCUUGAAGGCCGUACAGCGUCCAGUGCCCGUGGCUCUAGUUAUCCCGGGAUGAGGGACGUACUCGAUAGAAUUGGCUUCCUCCUUCACGUCUGAUGGCCGGCCCGUGCCGAGAUGGACGGGGACAAGAGAGAGCUCUCCAUCUCUACGGGCACAUCCCCCGGGCUCCGGCCAGAUAAACGCACGGCCGUUUAGUGAGCGUUGCUUGACAGUCAAAUUGGACCGGCAGUUACCUGCCCGUUUUAUCUGGCAAACCUAACUAGGGCAUCCCGAGGUGGUCGCCUGCUAUAAGAGCGUGUGUGCGUGAGCGAGGCAGAGCGCGGAGGUAGCGACAGCAGCGGCGCCGCGGACUUGCUGCGUGCAGGGGCGAAUUAAUCUUCUUUACACUAAUCAAGCAACGUGGACAGCCGGACGGACAGAUUAUCUAUCAUAAGCUUUCUUAAUGUUUAGCACACGCUAGAUCCACUCGCUUGACUUAUUUGGAAAAAAAAAUAUUUUUUUUAGAAAUAUUAGCUCAGGCUUAUUUUUUUCAUGACAUUCGCGUGGAUGUUAGUUUAGAUGUAGGAGUGUUGUUUAUUUUUAUUUUAUUAUUUGAAGCUCUGGCCAUUUCAUUGUAAUAAUUGAGUCUUCUUCUCUGUCUGCAAAUGUCGAACAAAAGUGACUCAGGCAGCGAGAGCCCCAUCAACGGCAGCUCCGGCCGUCUGCUCAACGGCGAGCAGUAUGACGACGACAUCUGCCGCGAUUACAUGCGCAACGUCUGCACCCGCGGCAAACGGUGCCGCUACCGGCAUCCGGCUUUAGACGACCGGCCGGACCCGCCCCCACGCCGGGACCUGACCUUCUGCCACGACUACCAGAACAACGGCUGCACGCGCCCCAACUGUAAAUUCCUGCACUGCUCACGGGAUGAGGAGGAGUAUUUCCACCGGACGGGGUUGUUGCCGUCCAGGCUCAAUUAUUCCAAUACAGUCGGGGCGCAUCUGGCUCUUAAAGCCGAAGUCCCGGUAUGCCGGGAUUAUUUUAACGGAGACUGUAAACGCGGAUCGAAGUGUAAGUACCGUCACGACGCGGACAAGUGUGCCAUUGUGGAGUACGAUAGAAGACACGACAGGCAUUAUGAUUAUAUUCCAGACUUGAAGAGGAGACGGAUGGACGAUGAGUACGAGAGCAUCCGGGCCGGGAUUAGCUUCUCCUUACUGGAGGAUGAGAACGCCAUGCUGAAGAGGAAGAUCGAGGAGCUGAAGAAGCAGGUGUGUGACUUGACGGCCAUCAACGAGGUCUUGCUGGACCAGAACGCCCGGUAUAGAGUGAGUAAGGCGGCCGCAGCUUUGGUUUCUUCUAACCAGUCGCUGCCGACUUUGGCGCUGGGUCCAGCGGUGACCCCGGCCCACGCCCAGGCCAGCAUCAACCAGAUGAACUCCACCCUGACCCAGCAGGUGGCCCUCAACAGCGACCUGGCCACCCAGCACGCUCUCGCGGCUCAGCGCAUGGCCGCGGCGGCCGGGGGCGGCCUGGCCCAGUCCCGCGCCCAGCCGGCCAUGGCCGUGACGCCCACCGUCACCCUGACCCAGAACGUGGCCGGCGCCCUGGCCCUCACGCAGAGCAACAUUGCCGUGUCGAUGGCCUCCAUGCCUCAGCUGCAGGUGGCGCACUCGCUGACCCAGAGCCUGGGCGCGCCCUCCACCUCGCUCGUGUCCUACCCCAUCAUGUCGCACAGCAUGCGAACAGCUGUCGAGCCUAGCAGCCAUUAGAGCAGCCACCAGCAGCAAGCGCUAUCUAACCCUCAGCUCGCCCAACCCCAGCGUUGUUCAGACGCCAGCCUCGCCCCUCUACACGUCUUAAUGAUUCAUUCGUGGGAACCUCCAGUCCAGGCCUGGGGUAGGUUCCUCUACGUGAGUUCAUCGUGUGCAGCACAUCCGCUCCAUAAGGACAACAACAUGACCUGAUGCUGACCUUCACCCUCCUGGCCGUACGGUCAACACGUGAUCCGCGGUCAACACAUGCUGCACGUCCAGUUUCUAACGACUGCAGUAUGCACCGUGCCGGGUCAAUGCAGUUCACUGCUCACACGGCCAAUAACAACAUGGAUUGGAAUAGGCUGCUGCUGGUUAGGGAGAGAAAAAAAAACCCGGAUUGGAAUACGCUGGUAAUUAUAGUAGUUGGGGGUGAUUACUAACAUUAGAAACCUGGAUUGGAAACAUGCUUGGGAUAAUGUGGGUGCCACAGAUGCUGGAUAAUGUGGGUGCGACGGAUGCUGGAUAAUGUGGAACCCAUGGACGCUGGGUAAUGCGGUGAGUACUGCUCAUUCCCUGAAGAGUCGAGGAGAAAAAUCGUUACGGAGAUGGACAGAGCGAGACGAGUCAUGGCCAUCUGCUUCUGUCCCAACAACUAAAUUCACGGAGUUUUAUAAGAUAGUCAGAUCAAAAUGAAUAUCGUAUGGACAUGUUUAACUUUUUUUCUGGCCAAAAUCUAUUUUUACAUUAGAGAUUGUACUCAUAUUUGAAAGAGUUUUUUUUUGUUGUAAAUAAUUGUAUGCCUUUGAGGGUAUUAAGGGAUUUAUGGGCAAUCGGGGGCCCUUGAUUUAAAUUUGUAAAGAUUAGAACUUGUCCUUAUUGUACUCGUCGAUUAUGUCCCUUGAUGGCCGCAGGUUGAAAGGCGGAUAACCGCGAUAGGGGAGAUAAUGUUUAGCGUGAUGCGGGCAACCGUCUGGUCUCUAGGCUUUACCCAUCUGCCAGUGGGAACUGAUUUUAUUUUAUUACUUUAACCAAAUAGUUUUUUUUCAACUUUAAACUCGUGUUUCAUUGACAUUUGUUUCAGUGUAUGUUAUGUUACUGAUAGAAACCAGAUGUUUCUUUUACUUUGGUUUUUUUUUUCUUUCGUUAAAUGGUUUGUUUUUUAAAUGCAUUGAUUUCACAUUGAAUGCGAGAUUUUGUUGAUAAUGAAUUUCCAGAUAUGGUUAUAUUAGACAUUCGCGGUUUUUACGAUGUGGAAAAUGCUAAAUUAGAUAUGCAUACGUAUUGUUUUAUUUGAGUAUUUGUUUGCUUAGAUUUUUUUUUUAAAUAACAGGAUCAUUGAUUUAUUUUUUGUAUAAUUUAGUCGUAUUGUUGAUUAGUAAUAUGGUUGUCGACUACUUUCGACUAGUGAACUUAGUAUGGUGUGGGACUCGGUGGAUCAUUACUGUGGAACCCCAAACAAUUUGUUUGGAGAGGUCUUUUUUAAAUGCCGUUUAAAUAUUGGAGGAUUGA